AUGCACGAGAUUGGCGAACACCAACUGGAGGCAGCAAAGCGUUGGCAGACUAGUGGCUCUCAAAGUCGGAGCGUAAAGCACAGUGGUGUUCAGAAUAUUACAUUCACGAACCCAAAGGCCUCAGAAUUCUAUGUCGAUGGCACAUCCCUUCCUCUCGUUGACUUCGACGUCGGUCCUAGCUGGGCAGGUCUUCUGCCCAUCAGCAACAGCCCUAAUGAGACUCGUCAGCUCUAUUUCUGGUUUUUUCCUCCCGGCCCCGAAGGGAGUCUUGAUGAUUUAAUCUUUUGGACAAACGGUGGCCCUGGCUGCUCCUCCCUCGAAGGUUUGCUGCAAGAGAAUGGGCCUUUCAGUUGGUCUUGGGGUCAGGCCAAACCAACGGCGAAUCAACAGAGCUGGACCAACCUGUCCUCUGUCCUUUGGGUGGAGCAACCUGUUGGAACGGGAUUUUCCCAAGGCAUCCCAGACGCGCAAAACGAGGACGAUGUUGCUACUCAACUCGUCAGCUUCUUGCAGCAGUUCCUUGAGGUCUUUUCGGAGCUCAAAGGCAAAAAGCUAUAUCUAACGGGUGAAAGUUAUGCUGGAGCAUACGUGCCUUAUAUCGCCAACUAUAUCUACGAGAAUCCCACUCAAUUGGACCUCUCGUUGCAGGGAAUAUGGAUCAGUGAUCCUUCAAUAUCGUGGGAUGUGGUGCAAGAGGAGAUCCCUGCAGUCGACUUCGUGAACAAAUACGCUGGUCUCUUUUCUUUCAAUCAAACGUACAUGGACUACCUCAACGAGAAGGCCGCGACGUGCAAUUACACUGGCUACAUGGAUAAGUACGUCACAUACCCUCCAACAGGUCUCCUUCCCCUGCCAAGAGACUCUGUCGAGUUUGCCGAGGGCUGCGAUGUCAGGGACGACAUUUUCAAUAAUGCAUUGAUUAUCAACCCCGCUUUCAAUAUUUUUCGCAUCUGGGACACUUACUAUAUUAACUUCUUCACACUUAGAGGGUCAUUCCCACAGACGCAGACUCCGAUCUACUUUAAUAGAACGGAUGUCAAGGAAGCUAUCCACGCGCCCGUGAAUACCAAAUGGAUUGAAUGCUCUACCAAUGUCUUCCCCAACGAAGACAGCAGCUUGCCUCCUGCCUUUACUGUGUUACCGAAUGUUAUCAAGAAGAGCCAGCGGACCGCCACCGUGCACGGUCUCGCCGACUUCGCUCUCAUCGCUGAUGGAACCAGAAUCGCCAUUCAAAACAUGACGUGGAAUGGUUUGCAAGGAUUCCAGACGCCUAUCGCUAAUGACAGCUUCAUUGUCGAUGGUGUGGGUGCCUAUGGCACUAUGCACUCGGAGCGAGGACUCACUUAUUAUGAAGUAGCCUUGAGUGGCCAUAUGAUUCCACAGUUUGCGCCAGUGGAACCAAUGAUUUCAGCCUGCCUUCCAGAUUAUGCAGUACCUGAUGGGCUUUAG